GGUAUACGGCGCGCGACGCCGAACGUCGCCGGCGCCGGCGGUGCGUUGCCACUCUCAGAGUAGUGUCGCGCGUAGCAGCAGCAGCAACUCCGCCGGGCAGUCCGUCCGGCUGGCCGGUCGGCCUCGUCGCGAUCCGGUUAUCACCCCUGUCGCCACGCGCCGCAGGCUCUCGGAAAGAACCCCACGUGAUCACUCCUCUAAGGUCUUUGGUUCUCUGUAGUGAAAGAGAAGAAGACAUGGAGGAGUGGUUAGUACCAAGAACAGCGUCGGAGAAUCAUCCUCAAGGUGAUUCUGGGACUGCAGAGAUACUGGGAGGUAAUCAUCAAUUUUACGCAACUAAUCACGCUAGACCUACAUAUUGCAAUGUCUGCAGAGAUGCUCUGCCUGGUGUUACUUCCCAUGGUUUGAGUUGUGAAACUUGUAAAUACAAGGUGCACAAAAGAUGUGCUGCAAAAGCAAUAAAUAAUUGCAAGUGGACAACUUUGGCAUCCAUUGGAAAAGAUAUUAUUGAGGACCAAGAUGGGAACAUCACAAUGCCACAUCAGUGGAUGGAGGGAAAUUUGCCAGUGUCCUCAAAAUGCUUCGUCUGCGAAAAGACAUGUGGUUCUGUACUUAGGCUUCAAGACUGGAGAUGUGUGUGGUGCAAAGCAACUGUACAUACAGCAUGCAGACCUGCCAUGAGUAUCAAGUGUCCAUUAGGACCAUGUAAACUCAGUAUAGUGCCUCCUACGGCUUUGCAUAAUAUAGGUAGCGACGAAGCUUGGGAAGCAGUUAGACCUACGGGAUGCAGUCCACUUUUAGUAUUUGUAAACAGUAAAUCUGGUGACAAUCAAGGUAUUAAGUUUCUAAGAAGAUUUAAACAAUUACUUAAUCCCGCACAAGUGUUCGACCUUAUAAAAGGAGGACCAGGUCCAGGAUUACGACUGUUCCGGCAUUUUGAUCCCUUUCGGAUUUUAGUAUGUAGUGGUGAUGGCUCUGUAGGAUGGGUUCUUUCAGAAAUCGAUCGACUUGGAAUGCACGCGAGGCAAUGCCAAAUUGGAGUACUACCUUUAGGAACAGGAAAUGAUUUAGCGCGCGUAUUAGGGUGGGGUUCGUCAUGUGACGAUGACGCACAUUUACCUCAAUUAAUGGAGAAAUAUGAAAAAGCGGGUACAAAAAUGCUAGAUCGGUGGAGUAUUAUGACAUUCGAACGCAACAUAUCUCUAUCAUGUCACAAAGUAAUUCAGCCGGACCCGACUGAAAAAUCGAGCAUAGCUCAUCAGUAUGAAGACAGCGUUCUUGCUCAUUUAACAAAUAUUUUGCAAUCUGAUCAGGAAAGUGUAGUUUUAUCUAGUGCCAAAGUUUUAUGUACAACAGUAAAAGAUUUUGAAACAUAUAUAUUAGAAGCCAGUCUAAAUACAGGGGACCAACAAUUGGGAGAAAAAUGUACAAUACUUCAACAAAAACUUGACCUAUUGUUGCAAACAUUAUCAAAAGAAGAAAGCUAUUUCUCCGAUAAUACGGAAGACAUUGACAUUGGCACUUUAAAAACUGAUACUUUUAGCAGCAUCCAAGAGAAAGGUGUUUUAGAAAAGCCAGAAAAAGAAAUGACGAAUUUAAAAAAAAUUAAAAGAACAUGUUAUAUGGAGAAAGAUAUUGUAAUGUCCAGAGUAAAUAGCUUGAAAAAGGCUGUCAGAAAAUUAGUGGAACAUGCGGAAACACCUGUCGACGAGCAGAACAAUUCUUCGGACGAGAAACAAAACAGUAAGAUGUCAAAUAUCGCAAAAGUAUUCGAUAGUUCUCCAAAUACUAUGACAAAUCAGGCUAUAUGUCUACCAAUUGUAGAAUCCAACAUAGAGAUCUUUUGCCCAAGUCCUACUCCUAAUGUGGCAUCCCUGAGCCCAAUGCCGGAUUUAAGGAGAGAUUCGCAACCUGAAGAAUUAUUGACACUUCCUGCACCCGAUAGUUUUGCCGACAGUAGACGAAACAGCGAAAACAUACCACAAGGAGUUCUCAAUUUUGACAUGCCCGCAGGGCAAACUGUCAGCGGUCAAGAAAUUCAAGCAGCUAUUAAUGAUAAUUUUUUAUUGUCCGAACCGACACAAAUAGAAGCUUCCUCUGACGUUCCAAUAACUGUGACAAAAAUUACUUUAGACACAAGUACACCAUCAGAUGAUGCGACUACAGUCGUAUCUCUUGACAUGGAUUCGUUUCAUUCUAAAAACAUUUCGCCAGAACACGUGCAAAAACCCGCGAUUGUCAAAUUAGAAACUAGAAGUAGCUGUACCAAUAGUACAGAUAGCAUGGUUUCCGAAACUUUUGAUUCCAGGAGUUACACUGUGCGAAAUAGCACAUUGAGUGAAGUCGAACAUAAAGACAGCGAUAUAUUUGAUUCUAUGAGAAAAUGGGAAAACGCGGAGAUAGGGCACUACGACUCGCCGGAUAAUUCCGAUAUGCUUUCCAGUGAAAUUCAACACUCGGAAAGCGGUUUGGAAGAUUUGAGCUCCCUCAGACAGGAUGUUAUUAUGGGUGAUGUGAUAAUGGGGUAUGAUUCUGUCAGUGAAGGCUUAGAAUUCGAGGAAUCGCAUAGAUAUUGCGGCUUAGCCCAAUUCAGCGAAGGGAAUGACAUUGGAAGAUACUCAUUUAAAAAAGGCAGAAAAAAUAUAAAGACGGAUAAAGAGGGAAUGCUAAGUAAAUAUAAAACGGAGGGUUUAACAACAUGCGUCCGUGUCUCAGGAAUUAAGUCGCCGCAAUCUGUGGAGGCAAACGUUGUACUUGAGACUACAUUUGAAACCAUUGAAAAGGAAAAAACUUCCGAUUUGUUGAGACCAGUAUGCUGUUUUCCCGUUCCGGACAAUACCAACGAAAAGUGUUCUACAAAUUUUCCGCCACAGAUUAGUGUUAUCGUUGAUCCACCAAGUCCAUCGUUGUCAAUUGAGAGUCAUCACAAAUUUAAUUUAGAUUACAAAUUGGAUCCACAUGAUAAGCAAUACAGUGGCAAUAGUAUGGAAAGACUAAGCGUGGAGUUACCUAACUCAGGCUUCUCUCCACAAGCUACACGUCGCAUAAGCAGCGGAAGUUUGUUAAAGGCAUCAGAAGUUGUGUCGUUGAUGGCAACUACCGCUCGUUUAGGUGGCUCGAGCAUGAGCUUGCGCCACGAAAGAGCAAAAUCUGUAGAUAAAACGGAGGACGUGAAAAAACUUCCUAUAAUAAAUCCUUUAGUUCGAUUGCCUAUGUGGCCAAAUGUAAGUGGAGGAGCUGGUCUCAUCAGUCAAGUUUUAUUGGCAAAUGCAGACGCUCUAUGUGCACCGGUAUCGCCAUUAAUGGAUCCAGAUGAAACAUUGAUGGAAGGCUACUUUGAACGAUGUGUCAUGAACAAUUACUUUGGUAUUGGCAUAGACGCAAAGAUUAGUCUCGAUUUUCACAAUAAGAGAGAAGAGCAUCCUGAGAAAUGUCGCUCGCGUGCUAAGAAUUAUAUGUGGUACGGUGUUUUGGGCUCUAAAGAGUGGAUACAGAAAACUUAUAAAAAUCUUGAGCAGAGAGUUCAAUUGGAGUGCGACGGUCAAAGGAUACCAUUGCCGUCCUUGCAAGGAAUUGUUGUAUUAAAUAUACCGAGUUUUAUGGGCGGUACAAACUUUUGGGGAGGUACAAAGGAAGGGGAUCUAUUCUUGGCACCAUCAUUCGACGACCGUAUAUUGGAAGUAGUUGCGGUCUUCGGAUCUGUUCAAAUGGCUGCUUCGCGGCUCAUAAAUUUGCAGCAUCACAGGAUAGCUCAGUGCCAAACAAUCCAAAUUAAUAUCUUAGGAGAAGAAGGUGUUCCUAUACAAGUCGAUGGGGAGGCUUGGAUUCAACCACCUGGUGUUAUAAAAAUUAUACACAAGAAUCGCAUGCAGAUGCUUUAUAGAAAUAGGGCACUUGAAACCUCAUUGAAAACGUGGGAAGAGAAACAGCGCAGUACAUUAAGCGCUCAAUCUUCUUCUAUAAAUAAUGCAUCGCAAUCCAGACCACAAUUGCAACUUUGCAAUAAGCCUCCUCAGUUGAACGAUGAAGAAUUAAAUAUCUUAUUAAGUUUUAUUGAAACUGUAACGACCUUGGUCAAGUGGGUAAAACUGCUGAUUAUAUCCCAUCCGACUCUGGAAAGAGAUCUGUACCAAGUAGCCUCGCGAACAGCAUACGCGCUUGAACAAGUACAUCCCAAUGGUAAAAUCUUACAAGGGGUAAGCCUGAGACCCAUGGUAACUGAAUUGGUAUCAAGCGCACGGCAAUUGUAUGAAGAAUCUUGUGAAUUACUGCGCGAUAAAGCACAUAAUUUGAAAUUACGAGAAGAUUUAGAAAACAAGUUAUCUGUAUCUCUAGCUCAAAUGGAACAGCAAUUACGAAAAUGUACCUUUGAUGAAGGAGGCACAGGGCUGGUUUAUUUGCAAAAUAUUCCCGCAGAUGAUCAGGGAGAUAAAAAAAAUCGUCAUCGAGGGUUAUUUUGGUUGAAGUGUCGUCGCAUUGCUGGCAGCGCGGGUCCGGCUCGAGAUCUGGUUACUACUUGGGGAGUUCCGGAGGUCUGUGCGUGGUUGGAAAAUCUGCGACUGGCAGAAUAUACGGAGAAAUUCGUUGCUCAUGAUAUACGAGGUAGAGAACUAUUAACUCUAGCUCGUCGAGAUCUAAAAGAGUUAGGAAUUACAAAGGUUGGACAUGUGAAACGUAUUUUACAAGCCAUAAAUGAUUUGAACAACUGAGUUCAGGUCAUGUAAGAUGUUAUCUCGAAGAGAGUGUAUUCCUCUGUCUCGUUAAUUGUAUUAACGUUUUAGGGCAAGAAAAUAUCUAUUUUCUAUGAAUUUAUUUCGUUUGUAUAUUCUUGCUAUAAAACGUUAUAAUUCUCGAAUGACACUGUGGGGAUUAAAUGGAAGAAAAUGUUGAAAUCCAUCUAAUGUUACUGCACGGAAGAAGACUAUUUUACUUGUUACUGUAUAAUAAAUUCAGCUUUACAUUUAUGAGUAGUCUUUGUAUGGAAGGAAACCAUUUUGCCUAUGUCAAAUUCUUUAUUAAAAUAUAUGCGAAAUGAUUUCUUUCGAUAUAAAGAAACUACACAUAAGAGCGAAGCUGAAUUUGUUAUGCACUAACAAAUUU